GAGGGAUCUUUGAGUACGCAGAUGGCCCCAACACCCAGCUCAUGAGUGCUGAGGAGCAAGCCUUCAGAUUUUCUGCCAAUAUUAUUAAUAGAAACAGAACUUUGCUGCCUAACACAACACUGACCUACGACAUUCAGAGGAUACACUUUCAUGACAGCUUUGAAGCAACUAAGAAAGCCUGUGACCAGCUCGCACUGGGGGUCGUAGCAAUAUUUGGACCUUCCCAAGGCUCCUGUACCAACGCUGUCCAGUCUAUUUGCAAUGCCCUGGAAGUCCCCCACAUACAGCUCCGAUGGAAGCACCACCCUUUGGAUAACAAGGACACUUUCUACGUCAACCUCUACCCCGACUACGCCUCCCUUAGCCACGCCAUUCUGGACCUGGUGCAGUACCUGAAGUGGAGGUCAGCCACUGUGGUUUAUGAUGACAGCACAGGCCUCAUACGGCUGCAAGAGCUCAUCAUGGCCCCGUCGAGGUACAACAUCCGGCUGAAGAUCCGGCAGCUCCCGCUGGACACGGACGACGCCCGCCCGCUGCUGAAGGAGAUGAAGCGGGGCAGGGAAUUCCGCAUCAUCUUCGACUGCAGCCACCUGAUGGCAGCUCAGAUCCUCAAGCAGGCCAUGGCAAUGGGAAUGAUGACAGAAUACUACCACUUCAUCUUCACCACUCUGGAUCUUUAUGCAUUAGACCUAGAACCAUAUCGCUACUCUGGGGUGAACCUGACCGGCUUCCGGAUCCUCAACGUGGAGAACCCGCACGUCUCCUCCAUCAUCGAGAAGUGGUCCAUGGAGCGGCUGCAGGCGGCGCCCAAGGCGGAGCUGGGCCUGCUGGACGGCGUGAUGAUGACAGACGCUGCCCUGCUGUACGACGCCGUGCACGUGGUCUCCGUCUGCUACCAGCGCGCCCCUCAGAUGACCGUGAACUCCCUGCAGUGCCACCGGCACAAAGCCUGGAGGUUCGGUGGCCGCUUCAUGAAUUUUAUCAAAGAG